AACACGAUUCCGUCGUACUCUGUUCUCUCAAAUCAACUCUGUUUUCAACCAAUUCUCCCAACUGAAGAGACCUGCAUCAUCUAGUCUCAGCCUUUCUUUGUCUCCUACGCUCAUAGCCUCUGGUAAAACAACUGACGAGUUUAAGUGCUGUUAUUUAAUUGAUUAAAGAAUAAUUUUACAUCCUUGAAUCCGAUUGCUUUUUAGGUGUACAAGAGCACAAUUCCAUGUAUUUGUCCUUUUGUUAUUUUUGUUUAUCUUCUACGUUUGUCUUCUUGUUAGUGGGAAGGGAAGAUGUUGUUUAUUACAGUAUUACUAUAUUAGUUGUUUAUGUUGGCAAUUGUUUAUAUGGUUAGAUAGAUAGUUCGUUGGGUUUAUUACUUUAUUUUAGUUCUUGAUCAUUUGUUCUAUUAUUUUACUUCAGUAAUUUUGUAAAAGUAUCUUAAUUACGUGUUUCAUUUUUCAUUGUUUAGAUCAUGGCAUCGGGAGAAACGAAUGAGACAGAAAAUUUGCAGAGAAAAUCGAAAGAUGUUGGUUGGGAAUUUGGAGUUUUGGUAAAUCCCACCAAUUUGGACAAAGUAAAAUGUAAACUAUGUGGAAAAGAGUUUUCAGGUGGAGUUCAUAGGUUGAAACAACAUGUUGCUAGAAUACAAGGGAAUGUGUCUGGUUGUCCAAAUUCCAAUAUAGAAGAUCAAGAGAAGUGCAAGCUAGCAAUGCAGGAAGCAAAAAACAAAAAAAAACGAGUUCGGAUGAAAGAUUCUGAGAUUCGGAAUUCAGCAAAUAUUGAUGAGAGAAGGCAAAUGGAAGAUGAAGUCAUUGAAGUAGAUGGGAUGGGAGUUAACAAAAUGUCUCGCAUGUUUGGUCCUUUGGAUAGAUUUACUUCAAACAUCAAUCAUGAAUCUCCCCAAGGUCCAAUAUUGACACCACGUCAACAACAUAUCAAGAAUGUUAUUGCGAAAGAGAAACUGCAUGUGGUCCAUCAAUAUAUUGCUAGAUGGGUUUACUCUCAUGGAAUUCCCUUUAAUGCCAUUGCGAAUGAUGAUUUUAAGAGAAUGCUUGAAGCUGCUGGACAAUUCGGACCUGGUGUCACUCCGCCUAGUCAAUAUCAAUUGAAGGAGCCUUUGUUAAAAGAAGAGGUUGGUAGAGUGACUGGUAUAAUGAAAGCACAAGAAGAUGAGUGGAAGCUGAGUGGAUGCUCUGUCAUGACAGAUUCUUGGUCAGAUAGGAAAAGAAGAAGCAUCAUGAAUUUGUGUGUAAACUCCAAAGAAGGUACAAUGUUUCUCUCCUCUAAAGAUUGUUCUGAAGAUGCCCAUACAGGUCAAUAUAUUUUUGAGUAUGUCAAUGAGUGCAUUGAGAAAGUGGGUGAAAAUCAAGUAGUUCAAGUGGUAACUGAUAAUGCCACUAACAACAUGGCUGCUGCUAAGUUAUUAAAGGAGGUGAAGCCAACAAUAAUUUGGACUUCUUGUGCUACUCAUACAAUAAAUCUGAUGGUAGAAGGCAUUGCUAAGCUUCCUUUGUUCAAGGAAACGAUUGACAGGGCUAAGACAUUUACUAUUUUUAUUUAUGCUCAUCAUAAGACUUUAUCUUUGAUGAGGAAGUUUACAAAGAGCAGAGACAUUGUGAGGCCUGGAGUAACUAGAUUCGCAUCAGCCUUCCUUACUUUGCAAAGUUUGCUAGAGAAGAAACAGCAUUUAAAGAUGAUGUUUGCUAGCACCGAAUGGGACACAUGUAAAUGGGCAAAAGAUUCCAAAGGACUUGCAGCAUAUCAUACAACAACAAAUAUGGAAUUUUGGGAUGGUGUGGAAAUGUGUAUCAAAGUCUUUGCACCCUUGGUUAAAGUACUUAGAUUAGCUGAUGGAGAUUUGAAGCCAACAAUGGGAUUUCUACAUGGAGAGUUGGAAGAAGCAAAGAAGGAGAUAUGCAAAGUCUUAGAUAUUGAGAAGAACUACAAACCUAUACUUGAUAUCAUUGGGCAGAAGAGUAAAGGUCGACUUGAUAGUCCUCUUCAUUGGAUGGGAUAUCUCUUGAAUCCUUAUUAUUUUUAUAAGGAUUCAACUAUCCAAUUUGACCGGGAUGUCAUUAGUGCUACUUUCAAGUGUGUUGAUGCGUUUUAUCCAAAUGAUCUUGAUACUCAAACAUUUGUCAUCAACACUGAACUUGCAAAGUAUACCAAAAAAGAGGGAAAUUUCGGGCAUCCUACAGCCAUGAAAGGAUGUUCCAAAAACGAUGAAAAUUAUGAUCCUGGUUUGCUCUCUAAGAAUUUUUGUUCCUAA